UGAAACGUGUGAGCAGAAACUUGAGGAAUGAGAUAUCUACAAAACUACUUUCGGAGACGAAAAGACGAUAGUAGCCUAGCCAUGGCAGCCCUUCGUAAAAAGCUGGUGAUUGUUGGAGAUGGAGCCUGUGGUAAAACUUGCCUUCUUAUCGUGUUCAGCAAGGACCAGUUUCCCGAAGUGUAUGUACCUACAGUGUUUGAAAACUAUGUUGCUGAUAUUGAAGUAGACGGGAAACAAGUUGAACUAGCAUUAUGGGAUACUGCUGGACAGGAAGAUUAUGACCGUCUCCGCCCACUGUCUUAUCCUGAUACUGAUGUUAUUCUGAUGUGUUUUAGUAUUGAUAGUCCUGACAGCUUGGAAAAUAUCCCUGAAAAAUGGACACCAGAAGUUCGGCACUUCUGUCCAAAUGUACCUAUCAUUUUAGUAGGGAACAAAAAGGAUUUAAGAAAUGACCCCCACACCAUAAAAGAAUUGGCUAAAAUGAAGCAAAAACCAGUCUCUCCCGAAGAAGGUCGAACAAUGGCAGAAAAAAUCAAUGCUUAUGGGUAUCUUGAAUGUUCUGCUAAAACCAAAGAUGGGGUGAGGGAAGUUUUUGAAACUGCUACAAGAGCAGCACUUCAGGUGAGGAUUAAAACC